UCCGCCCCCGUGUUUUCGUGCUCCGCUCGCGGGGAAGCCACAGGGGUUCCUCCACCUGGCAGCUCAUCGCCUCCGGGCCGCCGAGCUCUCUGAACGCUGGUCAGGUGCAGCGGCCACGGGAGCUACAGUUUCUGGAGCGAUCCUGGGAGCCCUGCCAUCGGCCUGAGCCGGCGGGACGCGCGCGACGCACUCUUCAGCGAGGGAGGCAGGCCCCGCGCGGGGAUCUGGAAAGCGAGCCUGCGGCCCACCAUGAAGUUCCAGUACAAGGAGGACCAUCCCUUCGAGUAUCGGAAAAAGGAAGGAGAAAAGAUCCGAAAGAAGUACCCGGACAGGGUCCCGGUCAUCGUGGAGAAGGCUCCUAAGGCCAGGGUGCCUGAUCUGGACAAGAGGAAGUACCUAGUGCCCUCUGACCUUACUGUUGGCCAGUUCUACUUCUUAAUCCGGAAGAGGAUCCACCUGAGACCUGAGGACGCCUUAUUCUUCUUUGUGAACAACACUAUCCCUCCCACUAGCGCUACCAUGGGCCAGCUGUAUGAGGACAACCACGAGGAAGACUAUUUUCUGUACGUGGCCUACAGUGAUGAAAGUGUGUAUGGGAAGUGAGUGAUGGAAGCCCAGCAGAUGGGAGCACCUGGACAUGGGGGUAGGGGAGGGAUGUGAGUGGGACUUGAGGGAAGAGCGGGAGGGCUCCCACCAUGGAGAAGACGGAAGGAGGAGACCUUGGAAACUUAAAAUGCACACAUUGUCGUCAUAUCUUCACACGCUCAGUUGAUGUUUUUUUGCUGCUUCCUCAGCCCAGGGAGAAAGCAUGUCAGGACAGAGCUGCUGGAUUGGCUUCGAUAAAGGAGGGAGAGGUCCUAAGUUCAUGACAUUGCCUAGAAUUAAGGUUUUGGGACUGCACAGUAGGUCAGAAGGUGGGCAAGUUAAAGCCAGAAGUGAAUGCAAUUCAGCAGCAACUCUCAUCUCUUUGGGCAGAGAUUCGAUUUUUGCCAUUUGCACAAGUAGGAAAGGGAACAGGAAUUUCUUAGGAAUUGUGGCAGUGGACCACACCUGGGGACCAAAAGACAACCACACUAAUUGAAGCAUUGCAGCUCUUGAUCUUUCCAAUUUCUCCACGCCCUGCGUCACCUGCUAGUCUCAGAUGUGAAUGUCACAGUCCCUCUCCAGAGAUGGAGUAGACACCCACACAGAUGCUCAGAAGGAGCUGUCUUAACUUUGAAAAAGAGCAGUCUUGCAGGAGGGGAUUGUGAUUCCCUUUAGUUUUGAUAGCAUUAAACUGGAACUGACUGACAAGCUUCUGUCUUAACCUGCUCUCUCUCUGGUGCCCCUUGUCUCACACCUACUUAGGAAUAUUCUGAACCUUGGGCACUUUAAGUUGCAGGCUACAGCCAGUGUUUUUUCGUGUUGCCUUUAGCAGUUCCCACGUAGAGGGAUAGAGAUGUCUUUCAUGUGGAAGUGCAAGUAUGAGGAAAGGUAGAUGAUCCACACUUCCCGCACAUCCAGAAUUCUCGCUCCCUCGCCAUUGUCCCUCAGUCUCACGCACAGGAAUGCUAAGUGACGGCCAGCUGCUUCCCUCCUCUGGUUUUCAUCUACUGCAGCUGCUAAUUAAAAAUGUUUGGAGGGAUGUCUUUUAGUAAUUCAUAGGGGAUUAAUCAGUUUCUUUUCAUUUAAGGGUCAAGGGUGGGGGUGGGGAGCAGGAAUUGCACUCUGAUGUGACAUUUCAUCUCUGCUAAUGAAAAGGAUCCUUUCUGUUGGGAACUCUGUGUGUCCUGUCAGCUUCAGGUUCUUGUAAAUGAAGUCAACCAUGUCAGGCCAAGGAAAUAAAGUAAUUGCUUACUGUAAAAACCUUCCGA